CCUGAGCCGGUGCUGACAUGGUCAUGGCCCCAAUUCUUUUUGCGCCCUCUUCCGUGCGAUGGAGCGCAUUCCAGUAGAAGAGGAUCCGAACUCUGCACCGCAAGUGAUUUUAUCUCCCGUGUACCAGGAUUCCAAACCCGCGCCACAGGUGUUCUCGAUCCAGGAUGCACAACCUGAAAAUACAGCGCCUCAAGCCUUCGUACCGGAUCCAAACGAAAAGUACUUGAGUCCUACCACACAAGGCUAUGGCGCAGAUCCUUCCAUACCAUAUCAUGCGACGAUUCCGCCACUAACGACCGAUCGGGCGCCAAACAAGAAGAAAUGGAUGUGGAUAGUCGUCGCGGGCGUAGCAUUCGUGGUGAUUGUGAUCGCGGCCGUUGUGGGAGGAGUUGUUGGUAGUCGCAAUGCUCACAAGGACAGCGCUUCAAGUGGCACGACUGCGACCGCCAUCUCGUCAUCAUCCGCCAACAACACGACCGGCAGCUCAUCCACGAGCACCACCCUCACUAGUACUAGUACGACAUCCACAAGUACCUCUGUGAAACCUACCCAGACGGACUUCGGGGCGACCGUCCACAUGUACGCGAACAAUACCUGUGGUGGAACGGACGAUUCCUUCUCGGUCCUGAACUCCAGCUCGCAAAAGUGCGUCGUUGUUCCGUCGGAUAAACGCUCAAUCCGCGUGAGUCAGAACGAUGGCUGCAAGGUGGUCACCUGGAGUGGCAGCAACUGUGCCGGCAGUUCUUACAGAGUCCCAGAUACAGACUGUCACGCGGUUCUGUAUGCCGCCGUGUCUGUCGACUGUUAGCAUAAUAAAAAUGUCACGUGAAGUAUGGGGCCUUGUAGCGGUCAAGACAGGCGAGUGUACUUUGGACGUUUAAGAAGAAUGGCAGUGUGGGAAUUGUAUAUAAUCGACAUGACAAGCAUCAGAUCCUCCGGGGCAGAAUUUACACUAUAUGUCUUACGGAGCUACUGAAAUACUCCGUCGGAUAGAUAGAAUAUAGGACAACAAUACUAUACGAAAUCAAAAUCCGUAUAUAACUG